AUGGCGACUGUCGUUGAUUAUGAAUGCCGUGUUCGAAUACUACCACAAGAAAACCAACAACCAAAACACAUUAUUGAGGAAUCCCUGCACGAGAGCUCUGCAAUGUUCCCUGUAAAGUUCUUUCUCGCUAAGGUCCAGCUUCUCAUUCAAUCUCGUGAGAGAUUGGUGCAUUCUCCAGGAAGAUCAGGACCUCGGUUAAUGAACAAGAAAGUUGCUUUCUUUCCUGUUACAGAUCAUUCACUGCUCGAUCACAUUCAAGAUUUCAAAGAGAUCUUGACUGUCAUGGGAAUUCCUGCAAAUAACCAAUCAGAUAUGCUGCAAGAAAUUGAAUCUGUGGCUCGGAGCAUGGAUUCUUACGAUGGCGUCUACAUGGAGGUCAAGAUGUUGGAGUGGAACCAGCAAGAAAUUAUUCUUCCUCAUGUAGAAGAAGAUCAGGAUACAGCUAGAGCUGAGAGGGAGUCUAUGGAGGUUGAAGCUCGGCCCAUCCCGGCGACCAAGUCUUCUAUUGAUGCAUUGGAAAGAACGGUUUUCGAUGGUUUAGGAUCGGCUAGAGACUGCACGGUGUGCAUGGAAGAGAUUGAGGCAGGGAGCGAAGCUAUCCGGAUGCCGUGCUGGCAUGUUUAUCAUUCCGGUUGCAUUGUUCAGUGGUUGCGGACUAGCCAUUUGUGUCCACUUUGCCCCUAUCAUAUGCCCUGUGAAUUCUGA